AUGGAGGAGGCAGGUGGGCCCCCAGCUCAGGCUGAGGCCCGAGUGGUAAGUGCCAGACUGACAUGGCGGCAGCGGCCCCCUGCCCAGGAGAUCAGACAUCAUUUUCACAAGGUGUCCCUGGUGUCAGAGGCCCCGAUGGAGGCCCCCCAGGAGAAGGUGGUUGAGUACAGCCGUGGAGAGGAAGUGAAUGGCUUUGCUGUAAAAGGAGAAGAGACUGUGAACCACCAAGGCCCUUGGGCUGGGGCUGGCUCCAAGGGCUUCCAGAGCCAUGGGCCCAUCUUUUCCAAGAAGUACAUGCUCCCCAAAGAGAAAAGGCUGGUGGGGAGGCUGAAAGAGGCUGUGGACCAGAGUGAUGGCAGCUCCCAAGACCCCAGGACUGAGCCACCAAGCCAGGGAGCCAUGGCCAGGACUGAGCUCUUGGUGCCCCUUCCUGGGCCCCGUGAGCCAAGCCCCCACCCAUGUGUGAACCGUGAAGAGCGGCGGGUGACACGCACUGUGCGGACCACUGUUGUGGUAGGAGGGAAGGUGGACCGGCGGGUGACCAGCUCCGUGACCUUGGAGCCAUCGCUCCCGGGAGAGGCCCUGCCAAGGGGUCGCAAUGCUGUCCGGGCAGUGGUUGUGAGCCACAGGGCUGAGGGCUCACCCAGCCGCAGUCAGGCCCUGGAACUGCUAAGUAGCCGGCUUCCCAGGCCCGUGGCUCCUGUGCCAAGGAGUCCAGGCCUGGGCAGCACAGUGGACACAGCUCUGGGGCAGCUGCCUGAGAUGGGGACAACAGAGCCAAAAGACAGAUCUGCCCUGGCCCCUGCAGGUAUCCCAGGGGUUGCUCACCCACCUCAGAACCAAGAGGUCCUAGCAUCCCACCCAUACCAAGACCAGGGCCGAGCUCGGGAUGCCAGGGCCCAUGAGGUCCCAAGGGGGCAGGGAGCCUCCAACCCCACCCAGCUCCCUCUCCACUCCUCUCAGGGCGAGGAACCAGUACCUUCUUCUCCCAGACUCCAGAUCCAAACCCCCUCCCUGGGUCUAGACCACCCUCCUGAGCAGCCUGUGGUGCCCACUCACCCCAGGGCCCAGCUCACUCUUGAUCCCAGGGGACCCCAGGCCCCGCCCUCUGCAAAAAGGGAAGAGUUUACAGAUACUCCUGCUGCCACCAUCAGGCCCACGGUAAGGGGUGAGGUUGUUAUAGUCCCUGGAGAACCUCCGUCUUCUGCAAGAAGGAAGGCUGUCCCCAGCCCAGGAAAUCUUUCUGCUCCAUCUUCCCCAAGGAAGACGGUUGUUCAGGACUUGGAAAAUGUCCCUACCAUCUCCCUCCCCCAGAAAGAGGUAGUGCAGGGCCCUGAUGUUCUUGCUGACCCACCCCCCACCCAGAAAGAGGUUGUGCAGGGUCCUAGUGCUCCUGCUGCCUCGUCCCCCAAACCAGCCAAGGUUGUCCAGGGCCCGGAAAAUAGGCCUAGCACCCAAAAAGAGGUUGUCCAGGGUAUUGAAGGCAGCCUUGGCCCUUCUCUUACCAAGGAAGAGCCUGUUCAAGGCCUGCCAGCUCCUGCUAUCCCAUCGCCCCAGAAGGAUAAGGCUGUCCAGGGCUCUGAAGGGAGCCCCAUCUCACCUCCCACCCAAAAAGACAUGGUCCAGGGCCCUGCUGUUCUCCCUGCUCCCUCCUCCUCAGUGGGCAAGGCACCCCCCAGCUCAGGAGGCCCCUCUGCCCCAGUGCCAACGGGAGCAGAGGCCAGCCUAGAGUCCCAGCUUGUCCCCGACUCCACGGAAGACAAGAUGCUCCCAGAGCCAUCGAGAGAUGAGGAGGAGCUGGCCCUGACGGCUGACCUGGAGAUUUUCCUGGACACCCUGAGGAGCAUGGAGCCCCCUCACAUCCUCCGCACUCACCGGCUGCCACGGGCCCCCCGCUCCUCCUACCUGGCCAUGUACGCCACGCUGCCCCCUAUCGAGGAGGACCAGCCGGCGCCUUGGGUGCCGGGACCCAGCCCCCAGGAGGUGCCCGCACUGGGAGAGGAGGCGGGGGAGGAGGAGGAGCUGGAGAACCCCUACCUGAGUGAUGACGAGAAGCUCCAGCGCAGGCAGGAGAAAGCUGGGCCCAGCCCCUCCUGGGACUUCCUCCCUGCCAGGCCCCCCCAGGCCUCUUGCUCUCCCCUGGAGAUGAUGAAGAGACAUGUCACAGAUGCCAAGGGCUCCCACGCAGAGCCAGGGCCAGAGGGGCAGGCGGGCGCGAGGCCCACUUCCCGUCUUGAAGGCAGUCUUUUCUUUGGUGGUUUGGUGUCUGCCACCAAGGAGGCCCCUACCUUGGAACCACUAGGCACAAAACUAUCUGCUCUGCCUCCCCAUGGGGCACCAGGGCUCAGAAAGGUGCCAGGACAGCUGCCCCUGCUCUGCAACGAAGGGUCGCCGCCAGAGAAGCCUGAAUGUGCCAGGCCCCCUGAGGGCUGGAGCCCAGCAUCGAAGACCCGGGGCAAGCUGAACACCAGGCCAGGAAAGCUGAUCCUCUUCUCAGAGCCCGGCUGCCAAGGCAGCAGCAGGGAGGUUUGGGAUGACAUCGCCGAUGCCUCCGGCUGGGCCCACGUGGCCUCCGUAAGGGUGGUUCGAGGCUGUUGGGUGCUAUAUGAAGAGCCGGAGUUCCAGGGCCGGAAGCUGGUCCUGCCUGAAGGAGAUGUAGAACUCAGAGCCUCUGGGCCAGCGUGGAGUAUCCAAAGCAUUGGCUCCCUGAGGAGGGUUGUCCGGGGCUACAUUACCCCAGAGAUCAGCCUGUACUCUGAGGAGGGUCUCAAGGGGGAGCAAGUGAAGCUAACCAAGUCCUUGGAGGACCCCCAGAGCCUGAAGAGGCCCUUGCAAGUGGCAUCUGCCACUGUCUCUGCAGGACUGUGGCUGCUGUACCCCAAGCCCUUCUUUGAAGACACUCCCUGCAUCCUGGAGCCUGGAGAGUACCCCACCUCCAAGGCCUGGGGUACAUCAGACCCCAGCGUGGGCUCCCUGAAGCCCGUGAGAUUGGGCUGCCCAAGAGUGGAGAAGCCAGGGGAGCCCAAGGCUGUGGUGUAUGAGGCCCCAGGCUUUCAAGGCCAGAGCUGGGAAGUGAGCAGAGACAUCUACAACCUUCAGCAGCCAGAGGACAGCCACAGCCCCCACCUGGCUUCUGUGGGGUCCCUGCGAGUUCUUGGAGGCUGCUGGGUGGGCUAUGAGAAGGAAGGUUUCCGGGGCCACCAGUAUCUGCUGGAGGAGGGGGAAUACCCUGAUUGGUCACACUGGGGAGGCUAUGACGAGGUGCUGACCUCCCUGCGGGUCAUCCGGACGGACUUCUCGGACCCGGCCGUGGUGCUGUUUGAGGCCAUGGACUUCGAGGGGCGCUGCGUAGAGGUGAGCGAGGCAUUGCCGGACGUGGCGCUGGCGGGACAAGGCCCCCACACGCAGGCUAUCCACGUGCUCAGCGGCGUGUGGGUGGCCUACCAGGAGGCGGGCUUCUCCGGGGAACAGUACGUGCUGGAGAAGGGCGUGUACCGCAACUGCGACGACUGGGGCGCCGGCAACAGCGCCCUCGCCUCACUGCAGCCGGUGCUGCAGGUCGAAGAGCACAGUCUGCACUUUGUCUCAAAGAUUCAGCUGUUCUCGGGCCCCGACUACCUGGGGGACCACAUCUCCUUCGAGGAUGACCAGGCCUCUCUGCCCGCCUCUUUCCAGCCCCAGUCCUGCCUGGUCCACGGCGGCAGCUGGAUCCUGUUUGAUGAGAAGAACUUUGAGGGCGACCAGCACAUUCUCUCUGAGGGCGAGUUCCCCACUCUCACGGCCAUGGGCUGUCUGGCCUCUACAGUCCUGGGCUCCCUCCGGAAGGUACCCCUGCACUUUUCGGAGCCCUCCAUUUUCCUGUACGGCCUGGAGUGCUUCGAGGGGAAGGAGAUUGAGCUCAAUGGAGAGGUGCGGAGCCUGCAAGCCAAGGGCUUCAACAACCAUGUGCUGUCCGUGCGGAUCCAGGGGGGCACCUGGGUGCUGUGUGAACACAGUGACUUCCGGGGCCGCCAGUGGCUGGUGGGCAGCUGCGAGAUCACCAACUGGCUGACCUACAGUGGGACGCAGAGGGUGGGCUCCCUCUACCCCAUCAAGCAGCGCCGGGCUUAUUUCCGCCUCUGGAAUGUGGCACUGAGGGGAUUCCUGGCAGUGCCAGACCAUGUGGAAGACAUGAAGGCAGGCCGUGUGGUGGUCUCUGAACCUGGAGCUGGAGGUAGCUGCAUCUGGUACUAUGAAGAUGGGCUGCUGAAGAACCAGGUGGCCCCCACCAUGAGCCUGCAGGUGAUUGGCCCCCCCAGCACAGGCUCCAAGGUGGUGCUGUGGGCUGAGAGCCGCCUGCCCCGUCAGACAUGGAGCAUCGACAACUCGGGCCACAUCUGCAGCCAGAUGUUUGAAGGCCGGAUCCUAGAUGUGAAGGGUGGCCGGGGAUACGACCGGGACCAUGCAGUGCUGUGGGAGCUGGCCGAGGACAGGGCUUCCCAGACCUGGACUGUUCAUGUGCUUUGACACCCCACCCUCCUAGCCCUGGAGGCUUUCUCUGGGAUGAAACGUUUUUAUAGGUGUUUCGCUGUUGUUGUUGUAAUAUAAGCUGUUUUCUAAUAUCC